GAGAAAGCAGAUAAAAAUAGAAGAGAAAUUGGGAGAAGGCGGUAUUGUCCGGUAAUUAUUGGGCAACUACCUUACCCUAACCCCGGGAAGAACAUCCCAUUCCUUUUUCGGACUUUUGUUUCUUUUUUCCUCCAAUUCUGAACAAAGAAGAAAAAUCAUCCAAUCUCUCACACCCAACUGAAACAAAAGUCCCAUAAUAUUGUGAAAUCUUUACGACAAAUUAUCAUUUCUUCCCUUCAAAUAAUCUCAAGCUAAGGAACACACAUAUGAUGAAUGCCAUGCAUAUAUGCACAUACAUGCAUAUAUGAUAUUUAUUUAUUGCAUUAUUAUUGAUUAAUUAUUAAUCUUAGUCCUGCAUUUCCAUUCGUCGUGGUCAGCCUCCACCGGUGAUGCUAUUUCAACACAAAAACAAUUGAAGGAGUGAUCAGGAUUCAGGAGCAUGAAUUCAUUGGAAUUGUAACAUUGUGAUCUGGAUUCUUUGAAUUCGGAGGGUAAAAAUGUCUAUUCACCAGGGCAACUCAGAAGGCAACAAUGUCUCAGGCUCCUGCCUCUAUGAGCUUCUACAAUUGGAAAUCACUCCAAGCUUUCGCCGUCAAUUGGAAAUGCAUGACCGUUCUUUAAGUCCUCGGGUUAGAUUGCAGGCUUUGAUGAAAGAGCCAGGCAAUAGAUAUUGUGCAGAUUGUGGGUCUCCAGAGCCCAAAUGGAUAUCUGUGAGUCUUGGAGUGGCUAUAUGUAUCAAGUGUUCUGGUGUACACAGAAGCCUUGGGGUCCAUAUAUCAAAGUGUAUAUAUAUGGUACAGGUUUUAUCAGUGAGCCUUGAUGAGUGGACAAAUGAGCUGGUAGAUUCUCUGGUGGAAAUGGGUGGAAAUGCCGUUGCAAAUUUGAAAUAUGAAGCUGCCAUUCCAGAGAAUUAUAAAAAGCCAAAACCAGAUUCAUCCAUAGAAGAACGCACUGACUUUAUAAGGAGAAAAUAUGAACUUCAGCAAUUUUUGAACUACGACCUAGAGAUGAUAUGCCCAUUUUCAUCUUCAGCGUCAUCUUAUUGUGAUUCAUUAGCAUAUUAUUCUAGCCCAUCCCUAGAGAGGAAAUGUCAAUAUGAGAAGCAACCAAGUGGUCAUCGGAACCACCACGGUGGUUUCGGACACGCAUUUCGCCACAGUCGAAAAAGGAAAGAUUCUGACCACCAGCGGAGUAGGAAAAGCAGCUCUAUGGCAGGUAUGGUCGAAUUCAUCGGGCUUGUAUCAGUCAAUGUGGUGAGAGGGACCCACCUCGCUGUUCGGGAUGUUGUAACCAGCGAUCCUUACGUUAUUUUGUCAUUGGGAGCCCAGUCAGUGAAGACGCGUGUCAUAAAAAACAAUCUAAACCCGGUAUGGAAUGAGAAGCUGAUGCUAUCAAUCCCAGACACCAUUCCUCCUUUAAAAGUGCUAGUGUAUGAUAAGGACACUUUCACGACAGACGAUUUCAUGGGGGAAGCUGACAUUGACAUUCAACCACUUGUGGUGGCAGCAAAAGCAUCCGAGGGCUCAAGUCCGGAGGAGGCUGCUCAUUUGGGGAAAUGGGAGGCAAGCAGAGAGAACACACUGGUGAGGGAUAGUAUUAUAAAGCUGGUGGAGGGGAAGGUCAAACAAGAGAUAUCUAUAAGGCUUCAGAAUGUUGAGAGGGGUGUCCUAGAGAUUGAGCUGGAAUGUGUUCCUCUCACUCAAUAGAAAUCCUAAAGGGGAAGGAAAAUUUUGUGUAUAAUGUGG